AUGACUGGCAAGCACCCUUCCCGCAGUUACCUGAAACCAGCAGCUGUGUCAUCCACAACACUAGGUCAUAGCUAUCACUUUGCACCUAUGGGCAAUUCAGAGACUGACUUAUCAGAAGAGGAUCCUGAAGAAUAUGAACUACGGCCCCGAGGGAGAGAGAAGACUAGAAGGAGCACUUCCAAAGAACGUCUUGAUGACAUCAUUUUUAUCAGCAAGGACAUUGCGGAAGGGGACACCCUAAAUUCAAUAGCCCUCCAACAUUGCUGUACUGUUGCAGAUCUGAAAAGAGCCAACAACCUCAUUAAUGAACAGGACUUUUUUGCAUUGAGGACAAUAAAAAUUCCUGUGAAGCGUUUCAGUUUAUUGGCUGACCCACAGUUUUCCCCAAAGGGUAAACAAUCCAGGACUCUGCCUGGCCAGCCUUCAGAAGACCAGCAACACAGUUUAUUUCUUGAGGCACUACCUUUAGAGACAGCGGACAGUUUUCUACAAGAAGUAGAUCGAGAUAUCAAGCACAUAGUGAUGUCCACCGACGUGACAAAAGAAAACCUUCAUGAAGUUGUUUCUGCUUUAAGCCAAGAUCUCCAAUUUGAAUCUGAUUACAAAGCGGCCAAACCAAAAGACCCAUAUUAUGGAGCAGACUGGGGAUUGGGUUGGUGGACAGCUGUUGUCAUCAUGGUAAUCGUUGGAGUGGUCACACCAGUAUUUUAUUUUCUCUAUUAUGAGGUUCUAGACAAGGAACCGCAUUUAAACUCAUCACGUGUUGCCAGUCCUUCAAAGGUAGACUCAACUCCUGGAAAUAGUUAA